AUGAUGAUCAGCGAUGACCAUAAGUAUACUGCCGGACUUAUGCAACAACAACAGAAGCAACAACCGCCGCCUUCUUCUUCAUCAUCAUCAUCCGUCAAUCAUCUUCAGUCAUCUAGUUUGACUAUUUAUGAUAAUAACCAUCAUCUACAAUUGACACAAAAAAAAUCCAUUUCAUCAUCACGAAUUAGACUCGGUCUACGAUGUUUGUGUUCAUUAGAUGACAAGCAACAGCAACCAUUUGACCAGAUCUUUUCCUGUAAUGAACAGAUAACAAACAUUAGUGAAUGUAUAUUUGAACAAUAUAUAUCACGUUUAACAACGAAUUAUAUUAAUACAUUAAUUAUACUUUCUGGUCAAUAUCUUGAAAUUAUUCAACUACAAAAUACUCUUAUUUCAUUAACGCUCACUCAUCUACAUUCUUUUGUAAAGGAUAAAACUAAAAUUUUCAUACUUCGUAUUAGUAUCCAAGAAUUUUCAUGUGAAAAACCUGAAGAUAUUCUUACAACAAAAGGCAAAUUCUUAUUAUUACCCAGUGACUAUACAACGUCUUGUCCUAUUCAAACAACAAAGUAUAUUAAUAAAAUUUACUUAGAUCAUCAAUCUUAUCCUAUAUUAAUAACAUUUCAUCUAAUAAAUCGUUUAUCAAAUAAGACUUGUGUACAACUUCAUAUACUUUCAACAAAUGAUAAUAACAACGAUGAUGAUGAAAAAAAAUCUCCUAAUAAUCAAGAAGAAUUUUCUAAUCUUCUCAUGUCAUUGUCAUUAUCUAUACCGUCAAAUAGACAGAAACAAUCGUACCAUUUAUCUAACAAACGCAAUAGUCACGAACAAUCAUUAUUCUCUUUAACGUCAAUCUUGAAUGAAUACGUGAUUAAUAUUGGCGAACAUUUUUUGUAUAUAUUAACGACUAUAACAAACGAUAAACAUUUAAAAUAUUGGUCGAAAAUUCAACGACUAUUGAAAACGAAACGAAGUCGACUAAGGAUGUCUCGUGAUUCUGCUUCCAUCGAAACAGUAAUUAAUCGUCCCAAUGAAGAAAUCUGGGUUGAUGGUCCAUUAAGUUCUUCAAUUAAUAAAACCGAAAUAUGGAUUGAUGGUCCACGUAAAUUUUGUCCACGUUCACCAAAAUUUUCUCCAAAAAAAUCUACGCUAAAACAUCGUUCAACACCAAUGCAUACAAAAGCAAAACUUUCUACAAUAAUUCCGCCCUAUUCUCAACAUGAUAUCGAUGAAACGACAUCAUCAAAUACAUUUGAUACUGAAUCAAUCGUUAGUUCACAUUGUCAUCUACCCGUUUUACCUGUAUUUAAAGAUCAUUCAUUACUUGCAUUUCGUUCGAAUCAUACAUUAACAAAACCGAAACCGAUUAUAACUGAUCCAGUAAAAUUAAAUUUAAAAUUAAGUACAAAUAAAUUAAAUGAUGAUUUAGAAAUGUUAGAAAAAACACUUGAAACUUUAUUAGUACCAACACUGAUUGUACCAAAUGCAAAAACUGAUAAUGAAACAAUUAUGAGUAAAUCAUUAAAUCGUAUCGAUCAAUUAUCAUCAUUAAUGUCGAAUGAUGAAAAAAGUAAACGUUUAUCAAGAAUUGUUUCACCAACACGUUUUGAAAAAAUUCUAUUAACUAAUAAUCAUCCGUCUACUCCUAAUUCACCUUUAAUAAUUCCAAGAAAUCGACGUUUAAGAACAUCAAAUAAACCUCAAGUACCUUUACGUACAACAAGUUUAGCUGAAACAACAUCUCGUCCAUCGAUUUUUCAACGUUUAUUUGGUUUACGUUCAUCGAAUCCUCAACAAUCCAUUGUUAUUCAAUCACCACCAUCAUCACCUUUAAUAUCACCAUUAACAGUAACACUAGAUUCUCAUGAUGAUCUAAUGCCAUUAACAACAAGUAGUACAGCUUCAUCAGCAUCUGGACGUGCUAGUUCAAGUGGUUAUGAAUCAAUGAGUAAUACAAUACUAGAAGAAAUGCUUGCAUCAAUGCCAACAAAUAUUACAAAUACAAAUAAUUCAAUCAAAAUACGAAGUAAAUCAACACGAAAAGAAGAUCGACGACCAAAUAGUAACAAUUCACGGAGUAAUUCAGUAAUUCGUGAUAAAUCUAUUCAACAACAACGAUUAUUUCAAUUAAAACAUCGUCAAAAUGAACUUAAACUUGAAUUAGCUAUGAUGAAAACAUUUUUACUUAUGGAUAAAAAUAAAACUUUUGAUCGUACUGAUACACUUCAUUCAACGAUUACUAAUAGUCCAAUGCGUACAAUUGUGUCAAAUAAUUAUGAUGAAGAGCAUGAACUUGAAAAAGACAUUGAAAAUUUAGAAAGACGUCUUCUAUCAGCUAAAUCACAAUUAAUGUUUACUACUUAUGAAAAAAACAAACAACUCAUAUCAUUGAAUGAAUAA